AUUUUUGUGUUUUUACAUUUGUUGUUCAGUGAUCCGCUAUGUGACAGUUACGCUUGCGUGUUAGGUACAUGCACAGAUAUGCCCAAUUGUAACCAUGCGUGAACGCAGUCAAACUACACCGCGUCGCCGACGCACUGGACCCAAACAGGCCUUGCCGCUUGAGCUGGAAUCCCAUUACAACAUUGACAAUACCGAAGAUAUUUAUGGCACGACGCUGCUGCCCUCGCAGCGCUGCUAUGUGGACCCCUGGGACUUGGAGAACUAUGACUAUGUGCGCAAGAAAAUGGAUUUGGAUGUGAGCACACAAAUACAUCCGGACUAUGAGACAGCGCUGGACUAUGGCUCGCAUGGCUCGCCUAGUCCCAGCUAUGGUUAUCAUGUGGGCGCUGCUACCAUGCCACGCCCACAUACGCAGCGGCUGUCGCGCAGCCAAUGCCAGCUGGAGUGCUGUCGGCCGCCGCGUCGCAGUCGCAAGGAGCCCGCAUAUCGCUACGAUGACCAUAUGGCGCACAUGAUGAUGCGUCAGCUGCAAUUGGAUGAUGAGGAGCAGCUCUAUGCCGAGCAGCGACAGCUCUACAAUGGCUAUGGCGGUCUAUCCAAUGCCAGCUCAUCAGAGCCGCAUUCACACUCCUCCAUUGGCGGCGAUGAGCUGCCCUCCAUGCCGCUGCCACGUCGUGCCGCCACCUUGCAACGUCGUGCGCCGCCUGCCGCCAGCAAUAGCUACAGCUCUGGCUAUGGCACCGCGCCGCAUCCGCGACGCAAACGUCGCAGCAAAUCCAACAGCAGAGCAGCGCAAAUUGAUUUUCCCGCACCACCGCCCGCGCCUGCACCCAACACACCCGCCUAUGAUUACUGCAAUCCCUACGCUACACUGCCGUAUUGUAGUCAACCGGAUUGCUCGGAAUGCCAGCAGCAGGCCACGUCGCUUAUCUAUGCAGCGCCCUCCACGCUUUAUGGCACCUUGGCGACGGCAGCGGCUGGAGCGGCUGCUGGUGCACGCAAUCAAAGCAGCUCACCCAGCGACUCGUCGCUCUACGCCGGAAUUUACGCACGUAAAUUUGGCUUGAGCAAAAAGGGUCUGCUCCAAAUAGACUAUUCAUGCAGCUGGCAGGAUUUGGAUCGAGUCAUGGCGCGUCACUAUUAAAGCAGCACGCCAAUUGGGUUGUGGGGUUAAACUGUUGCUAGUUAAGCGUUAAGGCUUCAAAGUCUGCUAUUUAUGUAGUUCACCAAGAAAUUCAAUGUUACAAAUACUUUGGCUUAACAUAUUACAUUAAAAUUUAAGUUAUGUACAAAAUUAUUGCCUGUUUUUAUUGGAGUUGCUCCAAUUGAAAGUCACACAGCUGCGACUUUGCUUUAUGGGUCUAUUAGUCAAAAUCUUUGGGCAGUUGCCGAAAAUUGGCAUAAGCUGUUACAUUUGUCAUUAUCAAUUUUAUUGCUAUUGUAAAGU